AUGCAACCUUUUACAUUACUAUGUAUGGUGUGUAUUGUCUUUCGUUGUUUCGUAUCGGCCAAAAACGUGCGAUUUACUUAUUAUUGGAUUGCUUUUGAAGAAGAUUAUCCAGCUGGUUCUGAUCAUAAUUUGAAAAGUUGCAGCGGUGGUACACUUGCGAAAAUUUCAAAAACUUAUUGGAAAUCAUUACAAAUGGAAUGUAGUGGACGACUUCGUACUGGCGAAUAUGUAAAUGGAGGCAAUAGUGAUUGUAGUUGCUUUAUGAAAGUCUCUAAUCCACUAGGUUCUAAAGGAAAUGCACUUCAACCGUACGUAAGUAUUGCCGCAAAUGAUAUACCAUAUGGAAGUAAAGUUUUUGUUCAUCAAUUGAAUGAUAUUGUACUACCAAAUGGUAAAAUUCAUAAUGGAUGUGUAAGAGUUGAUGAUGUUAGUUGGAGUUUUGAUGGAAAUCAUAUAGAUUUUUAUGUUCUUCGAAAAUCAAACUAUGAAAUGCUUUCACCUCGUGUUGAUGGUCAAGUUGAUAUUACACUUAAUUCUAAUUGUGUUAUUAAAAGUUAUUAA